AUGAAUCCGUCCGAGUCGCAACAGAAUCUUCUAGCGAACGAAUCUUCUAGAGCACCGUCUAUGCAAUCCUUAAACCCGCCCACGGACUAUAGUCUUGGCCCAGUUGAGAAGCACUUCCUGCUAAGCGCGGAACGAGGUGAUUGUGCCACUGUCAAAAGAUUACUGGAAGAGAACAAGGAUCAUCCCGAGAUCUUGAACAUCGAUUGCGUAGAUCCUCUGAAUCGAUCUGCAUUGAUCGCUGCUAUCGAGAACGAAAACAUAGAACUUAUCAAGCUUCUUCUUGAAUUAGGGAUUCAAGUCAAGGAUGCACUCUUGCACGCCAUAAAGGAGGAGUAUGUAGAAGCUGUUGAGAUCCUGUUGGAAUGGGAGGAAAGGACACACGUGGCCGGGCAACCUUACAGCUGGGAAGCUGUCGAUAGAUCUUCAUCGAACUUCACUCCGGAUAUAACACCGCUGGUUUUGGCCGCACACAAAAAUAAUUAUGAGAUUCUGAAGAUUCUUCUUGAUCGUGGAGCAACUCUUCCUACUCCUCAUGAUGCAAGGUGCGGUUGUGACGAGUGUGUGACAUCCAGCGAGCAGGACUCUCUGAGACAUUCGCAGGCUCGAAUAAACGCGUAUCGUGCUCUCACUUCGCCAUCUUUGAUCGCUCUGUCCUCGAGGGAUCCUCUUUUAACCGCUUUCGAACUCUCUUGGGAACUGCGACGAUUGAGCAAAAUGGAACAGGAGUUUCGAUUCGAGUACAAUGAGAUGCGAGAACAAACACAAAACUUUGCUACGUCUUUGCUGGAUCAUGCUCGUACAUCUUUGGAACUGGAAAUAAUGCUGAAUUACAAUCCCCACGGCGAAAAUUGGGAACCUGGAGAACGGCAAACACUGGAUCGACUGAAACUCGCUAUCAAGUACAAACAGAAGCAGUUCGUGGCCCAUCCAAACGUGCAGCAACUGCUGGCAGCCAUUUGGUACGACGGUCUACCGGGCUUCAGAAGAUUGAGCAUGAUCGGGCAAUUCAUAGAAGUUGGCAAGCUUGGAGCGAUGUUUCCAGUUUAUAGCACGAUCUACAUGCUGUCACCGACAUCGCCUAUGGGUCUUUUUAUGAAGAAACCUUUCGUCAAGUUCAUUUGUCACUCGUCUUCGUACGCGUUCUUUCUCAUGCUGCUCGGAAUGGCGUCACAACGUAUCGAGUACUUGGCAAUCGAAUUAUUCGGGAACGCCUGGUUGCUUGAUAUACUCGCCGAAUGGAAGAGACGGGAACGUGGAUGCAUUCCUGGCUUCGUUGAAUCUGGCGUCAUCAUCUACGUAAUCAGUUUGGUAACGGGUGAGAUGAGAUCUUUAUGGUCAGACGGCUUGUUAGAAUAUAUAUCGGAUCUUUGGAACAUAGUGGACUUCAUUCAGAACGUGUUUUAUGUUAUUUGGAUUAUGUUGAGGGUCACUGCUUGGAUAAUAGUGCAAAGAGAGUAUUGGAGCGGCGUAGAUCCUUGGUAUCCCAGGGAUCAAUGGCAUGCCUUCGACCCCAUGCUUCUCUCCGAAGGAGCUUUCGCCGCUGGUAUGAUAUUCAGUUUUUUAAAACUCGUCCAUAUAUUCAGCGUGAACCCCCACCUUGGACCACUACAAAUUUCCCUCGGGAGAAUGAUAAUAGACAUUAUCAAGUUCUUCUUCAUCUAUACUUUGGUGCUGUUCGCCUUCGGCUGCGGGAUGAAUCAACUGAUGUGGUACUACGCUGAUUUGGAAAAGCAGAAGUGUUACCAUAUGAAAGAUUUUCCGGAUCUCCCUGAUUUCGAUAAUCAGGAAAAGGCUUGUUCUAUUUGGAGACGUUUUGCUAAUUUGUUCGAGACAUCACAGUCACUCUUCUGGGCCAGUUUCGGUAUGAUAGACCUGAUGUCCUUCGAUCUGACGGGAAUAAAAAGCUUCACAAGAUUCUGGGCGCUUUUGAUGUUCGGUUCUUACUCCGUGAUAAACGUCAUCGUGUUGCUGAACAUGCUUAUUGCCAUGAUGUCUAAUUCCUACCAAAUCAUUUCGGAACGUGCCGAUACCGAAUGGAAAUUUGCUAGGAGUCACUUGUGGAUGAGCUACUUCGAAGAUGGAGACACAGUGCCGCCGCCAUUUAACAUGGUACCAACCGGUAAAACCUUCGACAAGAUCAUCAAAUGUGGCAAAACCGGACGUCAAACUCGAUCUUUAAUCAAAAAAUCAAGGGAAAAAGCAUUAGCAAGACACGACACAGUGAUGCGAUUGCUGAUCAGACGUUACGUAACAGCGGAACAAAGAAAACGAGACGAAUUUGGAAUAACGGAGGACGAUGUGAUGGAAAUUCGACAGGAUAUAUCCACGUUGAGAUACGAGUUGAUCGAUAUUCUUCGUCAGAACGGAAUGAGGACACCGACAAUCGAUAAACAGGACGCUGCACUAUCCGGCAAAAAGGGUCGAGUGAUGGAGCGUCGUCUCCAGAAGGACUUCCAAAUCGGCAUAGUCGAAGGAAUCGUGAGCGCAGUGAUUCAAAACGAGAAGGAACCGAAGGACGUCUUCACUCAAAUCGCCAAGGCGAUUGGUCGAAAGAGCAGCGGAAGUAAGAAGAAGGAUUGGAACGCGGUCGUGAGGAAGAACACCAUCGUUCGAGAUCCCAUAGGUAGCACCACCGAAGCCACCAUAAAACAGACUCGUCGCAGCAUUCGUCGACUACCGCAUCAACCUGAUUCCGAUUUGACUUCCAUGGAUCCCAAUCGAUUGGUGGAUUAUAAUCCUAAUCUCUCCGAGGUGUCGCCGACUACUAGGAUCGCUUAUGCUAAGUUCAUGAUGAAACGUAUUAAGCUGCCGCCGGAAGGACAGGAACAAGAAGCAGGUAAAGAAGAAGGCGAGAGUUCUCAGAAAGGCAGCGUUCGAAGCGGAGCAGAGCCAGCUCGGCCGAUAUUGAAGAAGAGUCUCCUGAAAUCCAUAAGCAGCGGCAGUGUAGACAAAGGCGCAGCAGCGGAAGCGAAACCGGAAAUAAGAGCACCGUCACCGAUUCCGGAGGAUCCUCGAGAAGACGAAGCGUCAAAGUCUCCGAAAGGUAAAGCAGCGCCUCCGAAGCCGGAGGCGAAGAAGGAGGAGGACAAGAAACCCAGCGAGGAUGAGGAGAAGAAGAAGAAGGAGGAAGAGGAGAAGAAGAAGAAAGAGGAAGAGGAGAAGAAGAAGAAGGAAGAAGAAGAAAAGAAGAAGAAGGAGGAAGAGGAGAAAAAGAAGAAGGAAGAAGAGAAGAAGAAGAAGGAAGAAGAAAAGAAGACUGAAGAGAAAAAGGAAGCACCGAAACCUGCGCCACAAGAGGAAAACGUUCCAGUAGCUACAACAAAAUUGCGGGGGAAAUCGAAAGCAACUGGGCAAAUAAUGGGUGGUUGGAUCUAAAAGUAGAUUGGUAUUCUAUUCGUUAAUUAAUUCCGUUACUGGAGGAAAAGAAUGCAUACGUUAAUUAUCUUUUGUUCAUUCAUUACGCAUUCGAGACUGCAUGACGCACCGUGUGCGUUUUAUGGUUUAUGACGUGUCUUAUGCUUCCCCUGGUUUCAAAGUAUGACGCAUCUGGUGUGUUCAUUGUUUUUAACUUAGUAUGCAUCUUUACUCUUUCUUGACUUAGUACAUACUGUAGGUAUUUUCAACUUUAAACUAAUGACGCACCGUAUGUGUCGUCAAGUUUCAGGUAAUGACGCACCACGUGUGUCAUUUACUUUCAAGUAAUGACACAACAUAUGCGUCUUGUAUUGUGAAGUACUAAAUUUAUACUCCUAACUAAUGACGUACCAUGUG